AUGCCUUCAACGACCGGAAAACGCAAGCGAGAUACCGCUGUUGUGUCGCGAUCCACGAAAACUAAAGAGGCAAGCCCACCGCCGGUAGAUAACGCGCAAGAUAUCUUCCGCAAAUAUUUCGAGGCGCAAUUCGAGCCUAUUGAGCCUCCCAAGCCAGACGCCGAUUCCGUGGAAGACGAAGCCGAAAUUGGCGAAGAAGAAUUAUCAGAUGCUGAAGGCUCGGACUGGGACGGAAUCUCUGGAGAAGAGGAGGAGGACAGUGACGAGGAGAGCUACGAAGUGGAGAUUGUCGAGCACAAGGAUGCUAAAAGAGAUGACUUGAUGGAUAAGAAAGCUCGCAAAGCGUUUAUGAAUUCGAGACCACCGUCAUUGGGAGACGUGCCAACGAAGACAGCAGAACCGGUUACAAAGGAAGAAGAAGAAGAAGACAAGGACAACUUCAAGCACGAUCUCGCAUUACAACGACUGCUUCGGGAAUCUCAUCUCCUUGAGGAUGCAUCGGAUCUCGCACCCACCGGCAAGAACCGUCUCAAGGCUCUCGAUCUGCGCAUGCAAUCUCUUGGUGCAAAGACGUCUCUCUACGAUCAAAAAAUGCCUGAUGCGCAUCGCAGGGGUAUUAAAUCCAAAGCCGCUUCGAAGGACGCUAAGCGACGACUGGAGGCCAAAGAGAACGGUAUUAUUCUCGAGAAGCCUUCCAAAAUUACCAAGUCGAAUUCAGCACGAAGAGAACGGGGUAUUGGAGGGUCUUCUAUUGGAAAGUUCUCUGGGGCUCACCUGGAGCCUGUCUUCAUUAUGAUUGGAAAGUACAUAGACCCCUUUGCAUCAUUCGCAAAUUGA